CAAAUUGGGUGCACAGAAGCUUGGUAAAUCGGUGUAAAACACACAGCGUACAAGUGCGGACCGGUGAAAGAUGAUACUCUGACGAAAAGCCUAUGAAUAGCGGUCAACCCAGACAUCAGUGACUUUGAAUUUAUAUUGAGGAUUUCAGUCCAUCAAUAUUUGUGAGGAUUUGUUACAAGCCCUUGUCCUUUACCAUUGUAUAAUUCGCCACAAACAGUAGUCACAAUACAACAAGCAAUAGAACAGUUCACCAUUGAUUGUUUCGUGCUUUACACUUCGCUAAUUUGCAACGUAAACUUGGGCGCCGAGUCGGCGCCCGCUGCUAUUUAUCUACUAAUUAGCCUACGCUGUUAAGACCCGCCUUUAUCUCCGCCUACCCGAUACUGCAGACAGGCGAGUGAAGCCAGCCAUGCAGUAAGUGUACUUAAAGUGAUCGCAGUUAGGACCACCGAUGCCUACUGUGUGUGGUACUGAGCGCAAUUUUAUCAACAUCAGUUGCCUGACUGGAAAAGGAUAUUAAACAGGCAUUCUGUCUCUAUUUGAAUAGUUCUUGCAGGAAGCCUAGCUCAGUGUGUAUCUAUCUUGGAACUAAACAACUACAUUUAUCUAGGCUGACGUAUACGCUUUACUACUGUAGUUUAUUCACAGAGAACGUUUAAGGAUUGCCUGUCAAAAUGAUUUUGCAUAUACCCUGGGAAGUAACGAUCGUGUCGUUAUUUUCUCUCAUCAUUUCCAAAGUUGAAGGAGAAAUACAUUGCUAUUGCAACGCACCAAGUUGCGUAUUAUACAGUUAUAUGUGCAAGUCUGACGACGGUUGUUACACAGAAUUUAUCGAAGACCCGUUCCAAGGCAGCCGUCCAUAUAGACACGGUUGUGUGCAGGAUUUACCAGAAAAUUUGUGCCAAACGAAGGAACAUAUUAAUAACACGCGUGAAAUAUUGGCUGUGCAAUGUUGCACGGAUGACAUGUGCAAUUACGAUAAACGGGUCGACAGGCCGGUUACAAUUCCGGAAGGAAACAGCAAUGAAGUAGAUAAUAGAAACACACAACCUUACCAUUCCGUUAAUCGAGCCGUCUGGUUCCGGGCAGCAGUGAUAGCCGUUCCUAUCGGAGGAGCCUGUAUUUUAUUUAUUCUAAUUAUUUUGGCCGCUAGGAUGCUGAAAAAUGAAGAAAAACACUUCGAGCGGUUCAACAGUGGACAAAAAUUACCGCCUUACAGGCCAUCUAUCCGUCAGGAGGUCUGGGAUGCCAACAAUGUAAAAAACAUUACUAUUACUGAUAAUAAUCUCGAACUAUUACAUUGUAAAUUAAACAAUACAUAUAUCUGGAAAGUUCAACAUGAAUCAAAGCAGCAGAACAGUAACCAAAUCUCGAAAAACUUUUCAAUAAACGAUAACUAUAAAAUGAAUAUCGAUAACCACGAUGUCGUAUGAUAAACAGGCGUAUGACCCAGCCGUGCCAUCAACCCUAUUAUUAUCUGUGUACAGGAACUUUUCAGGAUGGAACGUCGCAACGACUGGGUAUAUAUAAUAAUAAUGCGGAUGUGCGUGAACUGACACGUGCAAAUGACGAUCGUUGAUUUAUUCCGGAUGCUAAUAAUACAACUUCAUCUGUUCUACACUAAUGAUUGAAAUAAUCCUUCAAUCAACUACGAUUGCGUAGAAUUAUAUGGAACAUUUUCGCCAUUUUAUAUUACACCUACAAAUAGAUUCCCUUGAGGAAUACUUUUUAUUUUAUUUACUGUUCUUCAUAAAGUCGUCAAUUACAAAAUGAAACCAUGUAUUCUCUAUAAGCUAAAUCUUUUCUGACUCGUAGGGAAUGGAGAUAGUUUAUUCGUGAAAAUUCUGGCUAAACAACUCCAUUCCCAUGAGCCUCAUAAUAAAACUCUUGUUUGGAGCAUCCACAUUCAAAACAAUAUUAUUUUUAUAGCGCCGAUUUGAUUUCUAUUCCUGAGGCGCUUUGAUCUUGGCAGAUUCUUCAACGUUGUGUCAAGAUUCGUUAAUAACAUCGUUUCUUUCUGUAAUUGUCGGGUUACAUAAAACAAGGCUAGUAUCUAGAGAAGGAAUGCUUAUUCAAGCAGUAGUUCUGUACUACUAGUGCCGAAGGUCAAGAUAUAAAUAUACAAAUCAUAGGCGUACAUUAUGUUACCGUCUGUAUUUAUGGAGUUUUAUUAAUUAACAGUUUAUUUGUUGAAGAUUGGAUACAUUGUAUGGCCACUUACACUAUUAACGAUCAACUGUUAAGUAAUAACGCUCUAUAAGAAUACAGGCGCUCCGAAUGGUUAUAGUAAGCCAUGCCACUCCACGCAAAUUAUGUCUAGGAUUUAAUAUUUAAUAUUUUAAAAUGAAAUGUGUAAUAGUAAGCCUGUAUUACGUUGUGCGCACUAUACCAAUCCCACUUAUAAUAAUUAUUUUCGUACCCUCUUUGAUCAGAAGCCUCUGUUUAACUCGUUGGAUGGCGUACAUUACUGGUAAUUCUUAUUAUAUUUGACACUAGGCGUAUAUGUAAUAUUAUAAACGUCCAAGAGAAUAAAAUCAUGUUAUUUGGGUCUAUUUUAUAAUGUAAUUAAUAAAAAACGAUGGGCAAUUAACUGGAUUUAUACUGGCAUGAUAGACAUGCAUCUUGUAUAUAUUAUUGUAUAAUUAUGUAUCUAUAGUUUAUAUUGAAUAAUCGUGUGCUCAUGAUGUCAAUAAGGUAUAUUUAUCAGAGUUGUAUAUAAAAUAUUUGUUUAAAGAAAAUGAUUACGUUUAUUUAAUUAGAUAACCUGUAUGAGCGAAUAUUAUCUUGUUCUUUUUUUGUUCAUGAGUUACUUGUUCAAAGGAAUAACGAAUGAAUAAUGUAAAAUGUGUUAAUGUAGGUCUUUUAUAUGCCUAUACCGCUUUAGUUAUAAAAGCUAUACAGGUCUCCCUCCAAUUAAAGACCACUUUUGGGACCGGGGUGUCCAUAUGGUCUCUAUCAGCUUUGGUCUCUCCUUAGGAAAUGAAGAUAAGAGACAUUUUUUUUUUCGUCUUUUCUGGGAUCGUCCCACUUUUAUUUCUCAGAGUUUUUUUCAGAGAUAUUAAGAGACAUUAAAUUUGUUAAAGUGGUCAUUAAUUAGAGGUGGUCUUUAAUUGGGAUCGGUCUUUAAUUAGAGGGAGACCACUGUUACCGAGUCAUUAAAUCAAACGCUUAUGAAACACACAUCAGCGUUUUGGUAUUUUAAGCUACAGUAUAGGUCUGCUUAAAAUACCUAAGCCAAUACAAAACAUAAAUUAUGGGUUUAAUAGUUAAAAUUAAAAGCUUUUCUCUAAACUCCGUUUGCUUUCCCAUUCGGUAAAAUCACAUCCCCCAUAGUAUAAUCCUUGAGGCUGAAGGGAAUAUGUUUUCGAUUUAAAAGUAUGUUAAAGCAUUAUGAGAUUGAGCCUUACCUAAUAAGGUUUACGCCAUAAUGGGUACCAUUACAGAAAGUAGAGACUGGUCCCAAGUAUUUCAUACGGAAUUUGCCAAAAGAAUUCGACGAUAUAUCGUUAACACUCGUCGUUUGUUUCUCAUACCGUUCAAUUUUUCUUACAUUGUACAAUAAGUGAAAUAAUUACUUCAUUUUUUCGUAAUAAAACAUGAUUCCUAAAAUGCGGAAGAAAUUUCGCCUGGAAUUUAAAAUCUUGAACGAUGAAAA